AUGCAUGUGAAACCACGAGACAUUUUAACGUCUGUGAAGAGGCAAAAUCCGGAAAAUGUUUCCAUCACAAAAACCAUAUACAAUGCACGCCAAAAAUUUCGGAUGAUGGAGAAAGCAGGUAAAACUCAAAUGCAAGUUGUUAUGUCUUUUUUACAUAACAAUGGUUAUUUGCAUGAGAGUCGAACUAAUAUUGCAACAAAUGAGUUAGAAGAUUUGUUUUUUGUUCAUCCUAAAUCUUUGGAGAAGUGGCGUGCAUUUCCACAUGUGUUGUUGAUAGAUGCGAUGUAUAAAACAAAUAGGUACUCGAUGCCCCUCGUCGAAAUGGUUGGUGUAACUUCGACCAACAUGACAUUUUGCAUAGCGUUCGCCUUCAUGCACAAAGAGAAUGAGUCCACUUAUACUUGGGCAUUAAAUUGUCUCAAUGCUACAAUUGAGGGAUGCAUUACCCCGCGUGUUAUCGUCACGGAUCGAGAGUUGGCAUUGAUGAAAGCAUGUAAAAAUGUGUAUCCGGAUGCUAAAGGAUUACUUUGUAGAUGGCAUAUCUAUAGAAGUAUUUUGAGAAAGUGCAGACCAUCGAUACCAUCCAACCAUCAUUGGGAUUUAUUCUACCAAUCAUGGAACGCAUUAGUUGAGUCUCAGUCUCAUGAAGCAUAUAUGUCUCUUUUAGCUCAACUAAAAGCAGUUUUGGUUGACUUUCCAAGUGUUUUUGGUUAUAUUGAUGAUAAUUGGCUGCAACCGUAUAAAGAAAUGUUUGUAUCUGUUUGGACUGAUCGAUAUCUCAAUUUUGGAAAUCACACUACGAACAGAGUUGAGAGUCAGCAUGCCAAGUUAAAAAAUUACUUGGAGUCAUCACAGUCAGAUUUGGAGACAUCAUUGGAUUAUAUCGACAGAGUCAUUCAGUCACAAGACACAGCAAUCAAAUCAAGUCUUGAACAAAGUAACAUAUUUCAACUUUGUGGUAAGCCCAUCGCACUUGAUUCGAUUGAUAUAUUUUGGAGGAAGCUCAACUUAUCAUCUUCCAUCUCUCUAACUAAUGAGGAUUUUGGUGUUGAGCAUGAGCUUCAUAUGUUUAAGGAUCAGUUCAAGAAACAAUCAAGAACUGGUAAAUUCAGCAUAUUGAGAAAGUUGAGGGAGUUGAUCGUGCCAUCUACAACAUCAAUCCGUGAGCCAGCCGUGCAAUUAAAUGUUCGUGGGCGUCCCAGUUCAAAAAACAAAUCUCUCUUAAGAACUCUAUCUCUCAGAAAAAUUCAAGCCGAACCAAAUAAUAUUCAGUUUCAAGAACCAGCUCGGAAUAGUUGUUCAACUGCAUCAAAUUCAGGUAAUAGACAUUUUUACCAUCCAUAUAUUCUUCAACUCCCGGUUAUAUUCCAUCCUUUCAUCAUGCAAGUGCAAGAUGUGAGAUUUGACGGAAACUGUGGAUUUCGAGCAGUAGCUCUAUGUCUUGGUUUUAAGGAGGACGAAUGGUUCAAAAUUCGAUCCAAUUUAAUCGAAGAACUAGAGUAUCACAAGAUGGAAUAUACCAAUAUGUUUGGAACUCAAGGAUGGUAUAAUGUCUAUAACAUGUUGAAUUUUUUUGCACAAGAUCGGUGUGCACCAGUUGAGCACUGGAUGACUAUGCCGGAGAUGGGUGUACUAAUUGCUUCCCGAUACAAUGUGAUACUGCAUGUUUUGAGUAUGGCCGACAGUACAACAUAUUUACCACUCCGAUCUAACCCACCACCUUGGUACGAGCAUGUAGCAAUAGCCCUUGGUUAUGUUAAUAAUAACCAUUAUGUUAAGGUAACAUUGACAGGAGGGUACCCAAUGCCUACUAUUGCUCCACAAUGGGCUUAUUUUAGAUAUGAUUGUGCAAAUGCAUGGAUUACUCCAUAUAUGAAUCGGAUUGAAAGUUACAAUGAGCAUGUACGCUCUAAUUGUACUCGGGAAAAUGUUAUAUUAGAUUGA